AGUUGCAGUUACUGUCAGUCAGUUUGGGUAGGUGGGGUCACAAAGAGCCAAGAUGGCUGACUUUGAGGAGCCGCUGUCAGAUGAAGAGAAGGUUCGCAUUGCGGCCAACUUUGUGACUCAUGCCCCCCCAGGAGAGUUCAAUGAAGUCUUCAAUGAUGUGCGGCUUCUUCUCAACAAUGACAACCUCCUCAGGGAGGGUGCGUCACACUCCUUUGCCCAGUAUAACAUGGAUCAGUUCACUCCUGCCAAACUAGAGGGCUACGACGAGCCGGUCCUGAUCACAGAGCAUGGUGACCUUGGCCAGGGACGUUUCCUUGACCCCCGUAACUGCUUGUCUUUCCGCUUUGACCACCUAAGAAAAGAAGUGAGUGACGUGCAGCCAUAUGAAGGAGAGACGACCCUGAGUAGCUGGAGAGAUGCCUGUGAUACUUCCCUUAGUGCCUAUGUCAAAGAGCACUACCCCUCUGGAGUUUGCACUGUAUAUGGGAAAACGGUUGAUGGUCAGCAAACAGUCAUAGCCUGCAUUGAAGGACAUCAGUUUCAACCCAAAAACUUCUGGAAUGGGCGCUGUCGGUCAGAGUGGAAGCUUACCCUCGGUCAAUCCACUGCACAGGUGGUGGGAGUGUUAAAAAUUCAGGUGCACUACUAUGAGGAUGGGAAUGUGCAACUGGUUAGUCAUAAAGAGGUAGAAGAAUCAAUACCUGUGACUAAUGAAAGCCAGACAGCCAAGGAAUUUGUUGACAUCAUUGAGAACGCGGAAAAUGACUACCAGACCGCAAUCAGUGAGAACUACCAGACCAUGUCGGACACCACCUUCAAGGCCUUGCGUCGCCAGCUGCCCGUCACACGCACUAAGAUUGACUGGAAUAAGAUUCUAAGUUACAAAAUUGGCAAGGAGAUGCAGAAUGUCUAGAGGAAGGCCAGGGACUGACCAGGGAGACACACACACUCCACUGGCCCCAAACCCACUUAUACAUGUGCAAGGACUAACCAAAGCAAAACUAUAUCAGUAUGGGGCAAGGAAUAAUAACAAAAUUAAAAAAAAGCAUAACUGAAGAUUUGAAGACUGUUAGGCACAGAUAUCCAUCUGCUGUAAGGAAGAUGUGGUCAUGGAGAUACUAGUGGUUUCUUCUGGAUUUGUGUUGGGUCAGUGUGUAGGGCUGUGCUCAGGACUGCUACAUUACAGAAGCAAAUCUUCCUUUGGCUAUCUAAUAAAUCACAGACCUCCGUAGGACAAGGUUUCACAAGUAACAUUACUUGUCAGCAGCACACAGGGAAAGGAAACAGGACCGCACAAGGCAGCUGAUCUCAGAAAUAAAGCACACCAUCCCAUAUCAGGGUUUUGAUUUCAGACUGGAUAAAUAUGAAGUUUGUGAAUGUUUUGGUGUCAUUGUUUAUUUAAAAUUUGCUGCAUCAAAAAAAACUUGAAUCUGAAUUUGGAAGUAGUAACCUUUUGUAGCUAACAAGCUUAGUUUUACGGAAACGGCACAUUGUGAUAUGUUUCCAGGGAUUUGGACUGUAUUUCUACCUGUCCUAACAUUUCAGAGUAGCAGGAUCCUCAGCAUAGCUCUGUUCCUGCACGUUAGACUUUCUCUGUUUGUCAGUGUCUGUCGGGGAUGAAGGAAUAUUGACGUGUUUUCUGUUGUGCGCCGCUGAUGUAUACGUCUCUUUGCCCGUGCAAGCUACGAUGACUGAAAUGAAGAUAAAGCAACUUUGACGCUGCUGCAUCUAGAAUGCAUUUUCUCUUACUUUGACAACCCCACCUCCAUUGCUGUACAGCUUUUCCUCUGUGAAAGGAAAAACGGACUCGUAUUAUCCCAGAUUUAUUUGCCAAAAUCUCUUUCCUAUGGUAAAGAACUCCAUCCUUCUAUCCAUGUAUGCAAAUUUCUAUUUUAAUACGCUGGUUUUUGUUUGGAGACUUAGGAUAUUGCACUCUUCACUGUAAACGACCGUUUGUGUAUUGGUCAAUGCCAAGUGAACGCAAAGCAGUUGCUGUGUAAAGCGACAUCAUAUACUGUAUAUGUUCCAUAACUUCUGUAAGGCCACAUCAUACUGUAAGUGUUACAUGACUUUGAAGUAGGCUGACUCUUGAUCAGUGACUUGUUAGCUAUAUUAUGUGCACUGUUAAACCUUCACACUAAACUGCAACUGUGUGCCGAUCAGUUCUUGAGACUGUACUGCCCCAUUCUGCUGUACAAAUAAAUGGAUUGAACAUC